AUGAAGGCCAAACGGCUCGUGGUCGUCUUCGUGAGGAGACGGGUGAUUGACGAGAUCUUUGCGGGGGUGACGAUAGCCAGACGGUUCAUCGAAGGCAAGGACAAGUUGCGCGGGUCCAUGGGUCCCACUGUCCUCGUCAGCCGCUCCCGCCAAUAUCUCCCCAAAGCCUUUAUUGAACAACUGAAGAGAGAAAUUAACUGGAAGUACCCGGACCUUCAUUUUACGGGUGUGGAUGCAAAGAAGCUCAGUGUUAAAAUUGAUCUCCACAAUUUUCCACCUAACCAGUGGCGCAUAUUAUGUCUUCAUGACGGGUCAGCUAAACCGGAUGCAUAUGAGGGCAUGUGGGAUCUUACUCCAGAUACCGAUUUAUUGAAGGAACUACCUGAUGACUAUACAUUUGAAACUGCUCUUGCAGACUUGAUUGAUAAUUCCUUGCAAGCUUUGUGGUCUAAUGGGAGAGGAGAUGAUAAAUUUAUAAGUGUGGAAUGGCAUACAGAAAAAAUUUCCAUUUUUGAUUCCGGACCAGGAAUGGAUGGCACUGAUGGGAAUCUAGUUAAGUGGGGAAAAAUGGGUGCAUCUCUGCACAGGUCAGUACGAGGACAAGCUGUGGGGGGCAAACCUCCAUACUUGAAGCCUUUCUUUGGCAUGUUUGGAUAUGGGGGUCCUGUCGCGACCAUGUGUCUGGGCAGACGUGCUGUUGUCUCAUCAAAGACGAAGAAUUGCAGCAAAGUAUUUACAUUACAUUUGGAAAGAGAAGCAUUAGUGAAUGCAUCUAGCUCAGAGAAUUGUUGGAAGACAAAAGGUGGGAUGAGAGAUCCUUCUGAAGAUGAAAAGAAGAACUCCCCUCAUGGGAGCUUCACGAAGGUUGAAAUUUUUGAGCCUAAAAUGAAAACUCAGGAUGUAAAGCAUCUGCAGUGCAAGUUGAAGGACAUUUACUUCCCAUAUAUCCAGUGUGAUGAAAUGUCUGGAAAAACAAGCCGACCUGUGGUGUUUCAGGUUAAUGGGGAAGAUUUGGCUGAAAUAUGGGAAGGGGAAGUUGCUACCACAAACAGGCAUUCGUGCAAUGGUCCAAACUUUGUAUUGCAACUUCAUUUUAGCAUUAGCCAGGAUCCUUCUCUGGUGCAUGGUCAAAGUCAAAGAGUGCUUCUAGAAGCAAAUGCCAGACUGACAUGUGUUUACUUCCCAAUUGUUGAGGGUGAAGAAAGUAUUGAUAAAAUCAUUGGGGAGUUAAACUCAACUGGUUGUGGGAUCAAGGAAAGCUUUGAAAGCUUUAGUCGUGUAUCUGUAAGGCGGUUGGGCCGUCUCCUGCCAGACACCCGAUGGGCAGUGCUUCCAUUUAUGGUGCCGAAGCUGAAAAAAGGUGAAAAGGGCCAAAUGUUAAAAAGAUGCUGCUCCAGAGUUAAAUGCUUUAUAGAGACAGAUUCAGGCUUCAAUCCAACUCCGCACAAGACAGAUUUGGCUCAACACCACCCAUACACCAAGGCAUUAAAAGGCUUUGGAAACAUAGGACCUGAAAAUGAAAAAGAGGUGCAAAUUGAAAUCAGUAGAGAUGGAAAGAAAUUGACUCUCUCUCAGCUUGAGAAGCAAUACACAGAUUGGGUUUUAGAAAUGCACGGUCGUUAUGAUGAAGAAAUUGAUGGUGGCCUCGAUGAACCUACCCUUGUUAUUCUUCCAUCGAAAAUAAAAAAACUUGAUCUAUCUUCUACUGUCGUCAGGGUUCACGAGAAGAUCAAGAGAAGAGGAAAAGACUGGACAGCUGGUCAAAAAAUCAAAGUUUUUAAGGGAGCCUGUGCUGGUUUCCACAAUAACAAUGAAUUUGUCACACUGGAAUAUAUAAUCCUUGAAGGGCUUUCUGGAGAUACUUGUGGUAAGUGCAUUAGUGGACAACCACUUGGCUUACAAGAAGACAAAGGUUGCCACCUUGUGCUUGAAAAUGGAAGUCAGACCAUUGAUCUUCGUGAUUCAGUGGUGCUACCAAUCAGGGUCAUUGAUUCGGAAAAGUUUGUGCCGGCUAAUGAGCUUGAAUGGCAGACUAGGCUUGCUGCUUACCACCAGAGACUGCCAUCUGCAAUUGAGUUACUAAGCCAUGUAAAUUGCCAAGAAUUGGAUAUUGACGGGGAGGAUUUGCCUAGUGUUAUAGAAGCUGGAGAUCCUCUACCUGAGAACAUUGUCGCUGUCAUUCGUCCAAGAGCUUAUGAUUCUGGAAAUUGUCCUAAGAGUUUGGAUCAAAAGUUCAUUGUUAAAGAUAAGCAUGAGAUGAGUUUAGAAAUCACAUUCACAGCUGGUGGUAAAAAGGUUAAAAAGGUUGAUAAUAUUUUGUCUAUGCGCCGACCACCUUCAUCACAUAAUGCGAUUCAUGGCUUAUACUUAUUUCAAGUGAAGUUGAGAAAAAAAUCCGAGAAAGCCGGUUUCUAUACCCUUUCAUUUGCCGUGAAUGGACUGAAGGAUGUACGGUUUGAACAAGUUGUGCAAGUUCAGGCAUCAACUGAAGUUGGUUCUUGGGAAGUUGUAAGUCAUAAUCUGGAUGAACCCUACACAAUUCGGGUCGGCUCCUGUACUGAACCUCUUAAAGUGAUGUGCUGUGAUAGAAAUCAAAAAUGCGUUGUAUUCACUAGUGUUCCAAAACUAACUUCGAAGCUCAGCUCCAAUAGUACAGUUAUUGCUCACAUACGCAGUAUGGAAGUGGUUCUCGCAACUGACAAGUCAAUUAUGGAAAUUAAGGAUAUUGUUGCCGAAAGCACUGUGUUAGAUGAUAUUAGACCAGACUAUGAAGCCACUUUAGACAUAUGCACCAUUGAUAAAGCUUUCUCCUUGUCUUUCCCAUGUCGAGUUUUACCUGGAACUCCACAAACAAUCAAUGUACAUCCACGGCAACUGAAGAGAAAUUUGAUACCAGACCAGAUUAUUGAGGAUCUCAUGUUAGAGGUCAUUGAUGAGUAUGGAAACCAUGCUAAAGAAGGGGAUGUCAUUUUGUUGAGUGUAGAUGGGUUCUCGUUUCAAGAAGGAAGAGCUGAUAUCAAUGGUGAUGGGAAGCAUCUGAAAAAGGUGAAUGCUGAUGGAUAUGUUGAUCUGAGCAAUAUUCUAAAAGUUUCCAGGGGAUAUGGAAAAGAUGUUUCCCUUACUGUUAUAUCUGAAGAGAAAACCAUCUUACAGCUUGACUUCUGUACUGAAAUAAGAAAGCUGCAGUCUGUGCUGAAGGUCUUUAAGAACUAUGAAGCGGGUUCGACAUUGGAGAAUGUUGUGUUUGAGGUUAUUGAUUCUAAAGGCAAUAUUGAUGAGAGUAUUCAUGAUGAAGUAAAACAUGGGAGGUCUCAUACUCUUACACUUAAAUCGAAUUCAUUGGAUAUAGAAGAGUUUGUCUGUUACAGCUUCCGUCAUGGACGAUGUACUAUUCGUUCCAUUCCUCUACCGCAAACAGGAGGGAUUUUCUCAUUUUCGGCAACUCAUUCGCGUUAUCCGGAACUAAACUUGACGAUUGAGGUUCAUGUUAAUGAGGUCGUGGAGGAGAAUUGCGAAGUUACUUUGAAUUAUGAGGAUUUUGUUGGGAAUCCAACACAAUCUCCUAGAGAUUCUUGCAAACAUUUACAGAUUCCCCCAACUUCACCUUCUUUUAAAGAUUAUUCUUGCGGAAAUUUACGGAUUACCCCGACUUCACAUUUGUUGAAGGAUUUACAUAUUCCCCCAAUGUCACCAUUGUUGAAGGAUAUACGAGCUGAACAUAAAGAUUCUUCCCCACCUGUUGCCAAUGAAUACUUUGCGUUGCCCAUCAGUGGCCUGCCUCAAAAAGAUCUCAAAUUGGAGGAUACUCGUGUUCAAAAUAAAGAAUUGGACGUAAUGCCGGUUCAGGAUAUGGCUUCACAAGAAAUGGGGAAUUUGGAGUUGAGCUUCUUUAUACAGGAGAUUGAAACUGACAUGGCCAAUUGGGGCUUAAAAGUGUUUGAACAUGAGAGGAAGUUGGAGAUGCUAAACACUACGAAGUCACUCAUUCAGCAACAGAUUCUAGAUUUACAAGAUCAUUAUCCUGAAAAUGUGUCAAGCAUGUGCAGUCAAGAUUGGAUACGUGAACAGAUCAAAAGCAACACUCAAUCAGUAGCCGCUGUCUUCUGCAAAUUGCUUGAGGAACCAUUAGAGUCGAGACUUAGUGGCAUGCUUGGUAUUGUGGCACUCCUUGGAACAACUGAAAGCAUUGAGCUUAGCAGGGUGUUGGCCAAGUAUCUCGGUGAUGAUUUAAUGCUUGCCAUUGUGUGUGAAAACUAUGCAGAAGCAUUUAAUCUUGACUCAAAUACCGUCCACGAGUUGGCAAAUAAAGUCGGACAAUCUAUAAUCGGCGGGUAUCAGGCGUUGUGCCUCGAAGACAUUAGUGUCCCCCAAAAUCUACUUUCCAUGCAGCUGCCCAAAUUGCCAACAGGUGAUGUGCCACAGGGGUUUUUGGGGUAUGCCGUUAACAUGAUAACAGUAGAAACGAGUCAUUUGCAGUGGAGAUCAAAGAGUGGUCGUGGCUUACGGGAAACAUUAUUUUACCGUCUUUUUGGUGAGCUUCAAGUCUACAAGGACAGGGAUUGCAUGAUGAAGGCAAGAUCCUGCAUUAAAGAUGGUGCUGUGUCUAUGGAUGGAAGCAUCAUAAAAGGAAAUGGAUUGGUCUCUCUUGGCAAUUGGGAUCCAGUGAUUGUAUUUCCGGUGGAAAACAGAGCUGUAACUCCUCUACAAAGCUCAAAGAAAUUGCGAUUGCUGGAAACACUUGAUUUGGAGCUUAUGGAGACGAAUGAAGAGAUAGAGAAGCUAACUCAAUCAUACUUACAAGAUCAAGAGAUGUUAGGGAAAUCGGUUGAUAGGUAUCACAGCCACCGCUCGUCUCAGAAUGUAUCACAGACUGCAUUUAGAAGCUUCUAG